GGGCUCGCGGCGCCACGUGUCCCCGCCCCGGCUCGGGUCUCUUGUCAUGUGACCCAGCAGUGGGUUCAUCACGCGCUUUCAUCAGAUCAUGUGACCGACUCUGCACGCGACCUGCAUUCGGGCUGGGGACAGACGGGACGGGAUGGAGGCGCGGUUCCUGCUUGUGGUCGCUUUGAGUCUCCCGGGCUGGUGCCUCUCCCGAGCAGGCCCAGAGCAGGACCAGAGUCUCCAGGUCCCUGCUGGAUGGAGCCACGUGGGUCGGGUUGCUCCCUUGGACGAGAUUGUGUUGACCUUUGCCCUCAGGCAGCAGAACGUGGAGCAUCUGGCAAAGCUGGUGCGAAGAGUCUCGGACCCUGACUCACCUCAGUACGGAAAGUACCUGUCACUGGAGGAGCUGCGCACACUUGUCCAGCCAUCUCUCCUCACGCUCAGGACUGUGCACAAGUGGUUGGGGGCCUACGGCAUCAAGGGCUGCAAGACCAUUUGCACCUUGGACUUCCUAGAGUGCGUGAUGCCAGCAAGCACGGCAGAGCGUCUCCUGCCAGGAGCCCAGUUCCAUCGCUAUGUGAGCGGCCAGCGCAGCGCUGUGCGCUCCCCUGUCCCCUACACCCUCCAUGAGGAGCUGGCUGAGCACAUUGACUUUGUGGGUGGCCUGCACCGGUUCCCUGCGGAAAGGAAGAUGGUGAUCAGGGCCUCGAGAAAGGAGGAGGCGAUGGCACACCACCAGCAGAGGAGAGUCGCUUUCCAUCUGGGCGUGACGCCUGCUGUCCUCCGCAAGAGAUACAACCUGACUGAUGGGGACAUCGGGGCAAUGCCCAAUAACAGCCAGGCCUGUGCCCAGUUCCUGGAGCAGUAUUUCCACCCGGCCGAUCUGGCGGAGUUCAUGUGGCUCUUCGGAAGCAGCUUUGGGCACCGCUCCCAGGUUGACCGGGUGGUCGGGCACCAACGGCUGGGCAAGGCGGGGCUGGAGGCCAGCCUGGAUGUGGAGUACAUCAUGAGCACAGGUGCCAACAUCUCCACCUGGGUCUUCAGUAAUGCAGGGAGGCAUGAGAGCCAGGAGCCCUUCCUGGCCUGGAUGCUGCUGCUCAGUAACACAUCCUCCCUGCCCUGGGUGCACUCAGUGAGCUACGGAGACGAUGAGGACAGCCUGUCCUGGGCCUACAUGGAGCGUCUCAAUGUGGAGUUCAUGAAGGCUGCUGCACGGGGCUUGACUCUGCUCUUUGCCUCAGGUGAUGAGGGAGCUGGCUGCAGAAAGCUUGCUGGAGGGAGGCACACUUUCCGGCCCAGCUUCCCAGCCUCCAGCCCCUAUGUGACCACAGUGGGUGGCACAGCCUUUAAGAACCCCUUCCAAGUGACCUGGGAGGUGACAGACUAUAUCAGCGGCGGGGGCUUCAGCAAUGUCUUUCCUAUGCCUGACUAUCAGGCUGCAGCUGUCAGGAAUUUCUUGCACUCGGCCCCAAAGCUGCCACCCCACUCCUACUACAACAGCAGCGGCCGUGCCUACCCCGACUUGGCUGCCCUGUCUGACAAUUACUGGGUGGUGACCAACCAUAUCCCCCUGCCCUGGGUGUCUGGGACAUCGGCCUCCACCCCUGUGGUGGGGGGCAUUGUGGCCCUGAUCAACGACCGCCGUUUGCAGAAAGGUCUGCCGCCCCUGGGCUUCCUGAACCCAGCGCUCUACAAACUGCAGGAGAAGGGAUCUAGUACCGCCCUCUACGACGUCACCCAGGGCUGCCACCUGUCGUGUCUGGAUGCAGCAGUGGAAGGGCAGGGGUUCUGUGCUGGCCCCUCCUGGGACCCCGUCACAGGCUGGGGCACCCCCAACUUCCCACAGCUCCUGAGAGCUCUGCUCAACCAGUGAUGCCGGCAGCAGGAGGAAAGGGCUAGGGCUAGGGCUAGACAGGGGUACACAGCAGGCUAAACCACAGGACCAACCCCAUUCUCACCCCCUCCCUCCCACCAUCUAACCUGAGCAGGGUCACCUUCCUCUGAGCUGUAGGGCAAAGGGGCAGGUCACUGCUCCUCCUGCCCCUUUACGUUAGUGAGCAGGCGGGGAUUCAGGGCCUUCUGGAAAGAAAAAGCUCAGGUUUCCCCCUACCUCGCGCUCAGGCCUGCUAGUGCCUCCCUCCAGUUAUCUCAGGCACCGCUACUCUGCAGUCCAGUGUGGCAGCUGAGCUGUACUUGGCCCCAGGCCUCCAGGAAGGGGAUGACACGGUGGGAGCUGCUUUGGGGGAGUCCCACACAGGGCGGGGAGAUGCUCUUACAUGAACUUUCCUCAGGGGGAGCAGCGCUUGCCCUGGCCCCCCCAGCAACAGCCCAAGGAAAUAAAGGUCUUGGCACUGGGAGUGUGUCCAGUGGUGCAGCGGGGUGGAGGGAUGGGCUGGUUGGGGGUUGGAGCAAAUAAAACACCUGGCUGCCACUAUUUACUGCUUCAUGGACUCGGGGAAUUUUGGCCCACGUUUUGGGAUUCCUAGGUGUCUUUUGUUUCCCUCUGUGCUGCGCCCAGUUAUGGACAGGAUAAAGCAGAGCUGGAGAGCUGAGGCCUGUGUGUGAUUGUUGGGUGCUAUAAGUGGGUCAUUAAAGGACUGGCUGAAACAAA